AUUUGGUCUGGUUACCCACGCGUACUCUAGAGUUGCGAAUCUAAACUCCUAUUUUGACCCGACGCUGUAUAUUAUCACUCAAUCGCAUAUACGCACAACCCUUUUUCAGUAUUGCAUUAGCUCGUGUAACUUCUAAGCACACAUCAUGCAGUUGUUUGUUCGUGCCCAAUCUACCCACCUAGUGGAUGUAAACUCCACCACUACCGUCGCUGACGUCAAGGAGGUUAUCUUCCGUUCCGAAGGUAUCGCAUGUGUCGAUCAGGUCGUCUGCCAGGCCGGUGUGCCGCUUGAGGACUCGUUUGUUCUAGGCAACUGUCAGAACUUGGCGUCCGUUGAUGUUUCCGCCCGCGUAGUCGGAGGUAAGGUCCACGGUUCUCUUUCUCGUGCCGGUAAGGUCAAAGCACAGACCCCCAAGGUAGAGGCUGAAGAGAAGAAAAAGAAGCUUACCGGACGCGCUAAGCGUCGCAAGCAGUACAACCAGCGCUUCGUCACCACUGUCGCUGGAUUCGGCAAGAAGAAGGGACCUAACUCUAACUCUGCUUAAAUACACGAUAGACUGAUCUAUAAUGGCUUGAUUUGAACUAUUAUUUAAUAUUCUUGUACUUGAUAUUUUUGUUUUGUCUUGCUGUGAAUGCGACCGUCUUGUUUGUUUUGCUAGUUAUGUGUUUUUGUGAGGUUGUUCGCUUCUUGUUAUUUUUGCAUGCACAUCAUGUCGUAUAAUGAUGAAUCCUUGUGCUCAUCUUAUACACGGCAGGUUACACACCGUUGUAUUGUAUAAACACAUCGC